AUGGCAUCCACUCCUGACAAUGAAGAUGACUCCCUCGUUGUGAUCCUGGGUACAUCCCCCGGCGGCAGUAUGGUUGAGAAAACUAAUGGAACAACUAACGGAGACCUGGAAAGAUCACAAAUAGAAGAUGCCAUGAGAUCACUAUCAAACGAAGCUAACAUGGCUUUUAAGGCUCAGUUUAAUUUGGGUGAUAGUCCUUCACCAGCCAGUAUGAUGGUAGCGAGUACUAUAAUUACCGAAGACAGGAGUACAGAGGAGCUUCAAAAGAGAUUCGGUGAUUUAUUAGAUGAGAAUUUUGUAUUGAAGGAGACUUUGAAGCAAAACAACGACUCUAUGAAGGAACAGUUCAUACUGAUAGCCUCGUGUCAGGAGGAUAUGCUGAAGACACACCGACUGCACAAGGAGAAGUUUGAUGAGACGAGGGAGCUCGUUGAAAGGCUUAGACAAGAAAAUAAGCAACUCAAACUGGAUAUAUCACGUCUGGCCGAAGGAGAGCAGAACAGUAUCGGCCAAAAGAAAUUAUCAGGCUUUGAACUAGUGACAUCUGUUGAGGAAGAUACUAUUGAGAAGCUAUCAGCACAGUUAGAACUAGUCGAGAAACAGAGACGACAGUUGAUAGUUGACAAUGAGAAGCUUAGUUGGCAGAAGGAGUCCCUAGAACAUAUAGUUGACUCCAUGAACAAGGAGAGAGAUGACGCCAAAAAGAAACUACACAAGGUUGAGCUUCAACUCUCUACUAUGGAGAAUGAUCAUGCUCAGGAAGUUAGCAAACUGCACUGUAUUAUAAGUGACCUACAAAACAAAAUUAAAACACAGAGUAUGAAUGCAUCUCCGGAGGAUAUUUCUAAACGUGAUGCGUACAUACAGAAGUUGGAAGGGAAGAUGUCCUUGUUACAGAAUGAACUGAAGAAAGCUCAGAUAAAGAUUCUCGACCUGGAAAAUAUUAAGUUGGAAUUCAGCCAGCACAAGUCAAGUGUAUCUGAGACGGUGAAGAUGUACAAAGAUCAGAUCCAAGAACUGAAAGAUAGAAUAAAAGAUGUUCAGACAACGGUGUUCCAGCCGGUGCGCGUGUCCGUAUCGGAAGGGUCGAGCGAUUCGGCCGCCUUCCUCAACAACGUGAAGCUCUACGACCGGACGCUCAAACACCUAGCCGACUACCUCAACUCACUCAGCAACGGGUUAUCUGACAGUCUGGCUCACAUUCUAGGCGUGGUGUCUAGUAUACAGGAUGUUAAAAUGGACCGCGGCUCACUGGACCAAGUGAAGACUGGCCUCGCUGAGCUCAAGACACUCAUCGCUACACAACACACUAACGUUGUGUCUAACGUGUACGGGUCAUGUUAUACUGGUCAAAUCAAAGGCACGCUGUCCACGUUCGAGGGCAUCUUUAAAGAUCACAACGAACUGUUGAAGAAAUCCGUCACCAACAACGACACGGUGCAGGCUCCGUGUGUGCAGCAGUUAACAGCGGCGCUCGUGGCUCGCGGACAGCAGGUGACCGCGCUACAAGACGAACUAGCAGCUGUGAAGACAAGGGUCGAUGAUACGGACCUACUGAGGGCACAGGUCGACCUGUACAGAAGCGACUUCGAAGCUGAGAGGGAAUCAAGGGCAAAGAUGGCCAGCGAAAAAGAAAAUUUACUCUCAGAUCUUAGAGUGGCGCAGAAAAAGAUACAGGAUUUGACUACACAGUUGGAGGAGCUUCGUGUGUUAAGUCCGAGUCUACACAAGAGUAUCACCAGUCCUCGCCCGCGGUCCGCUGUCAAGCCCACCACGACCACAAGUCCUACCACACGUACCACGACCACAAACAGUGUUGCAGCUAAUACUGUUCGUAAGAAGAAGAAAAUUGACAAGUCAGUAGUGGAGGCUACUCGUGAGACGACCCCGCCGCCCGUACGAUACACGUGCCCCGCGUGUGAUGAGAGCUUCAAGACUUAUAUGAUGCUGGAGAAACAUGUAGACGAGUGUGUGCUGUAG